UAUUUUCUCCUUCCACAGUCAAACGCUCACCUCUCUCCCCGACUCACUGCAUUCUCUCUCGCCUUCUCUCUCUCUCUCUCUCUCUCUCUCUCUCUCUCUCCAUUGCCGGCGGCCGGAAUUGCAGUUCCCCACGUUGCAGAGUCACAGACUCACAGUUUGUGGUUUCAGGUCGUUAGGCAAAACCGUAGAGAGCCACUCUCUGCCCUUUAGGCUAAGAUAGUGAGAGAGAUGAGGCUGCUAACCCACAACAUGCUAUCAUCCAACAUCAAAGGCGUGACCAACGGCUUCCCUCUGCGCAUUGAAAUCGAGAAGGUGGUCGAAAAGCAGGUUGAAUUCAACCCCGACUUCCUCAAGAACAUGUUCCCUAAGAUCGAGUGGAAGGCACUUGUCAAUGCCUCUCAUAGUAUGGGAUAUGUUGAGCUCCCUGAGGAGGUUGAGCCGUCUAGGCUUGAUUCUGAAGAUUUUCUUCACAAGUUCCAUCACGCCCUUUUGGAGCUUCAUCUCGAGGAGGGGGCGCUUGUCUGCCCUGAGACUGGUCGCCGCUUUCCAGUUAGUAAGGGCAUACCCAAUAUGCUACUUCAUGAAGACGAAGUGUGAUUCGCAUCAAAUGGUGGAUCGGACUUGCCAUUGCUCUUCUUGUACUUGCUAAAACUUAGGGUUUAUGCACUGCAGAUUUUGGCAUUAUGAAAUGGAAUAUGCUUUCGUUUUGUUUA